CCGCGCCCACCCCUUUAAAAAAUUCCCUCACUCACCCGGAAAACUAUCUGUUGUUGAGCAGAGGCUGCAGAGACGCAAAAAUCGAGUAUCAGCAAGUGAAGAGUUAGAGAACUCCCAAAGAUGCAAUCCUUUCUUCUAUUUGUUCUUCGUCUCUCGAUAACUCUAAGUUUUCAUAAAAUUGGAUAUGCCGUAGAAGGCGGGUUUUGUUCUGCACCACCAAUCUUGAGUUUUGAUUCCGGCUCUAGACCACUGUAUUGGAAAGUCACUAACCCUACACUUUCUCCUUCUCGCCUCCAAGACUUGCCAGGGUUUACAAGGAGUGUGUAUAAAAGAGAUCAUGCUUUAGUUGCUCCUGAAAGUCAUGUGUUCAGCCCUUUACCAGAUUGGACAAACACCCUCGCAGCAUAUUUAGUCACACCUGAAAUGGGAUCACAUUUUGUUAUGUACUUGGCAAAAAUGCAAGAAAAUUCAACAUCCGCGCUUCCUCCUAUGGGCGUUGAAAGGUUCAUAUUUGUGGUUGAGGGCAAUGUAGUUUUGACUAUUGUGCCUGGAAGAAGACACUUGCUGAAGGUGGACUCUUAUGCAUAUUUGCCUCCUGGUCUGGAACACACUGUCAAGUCGGAUGUAUCUGCUACCCUUGUUGUACUGGAGAGAAGAUAUGCCAAGAUAGAAAAUUAUGCAAGCAGAGAGAUUAUUGGUUCAACAGACCGGCAACCCCUCCUUGAAACCCCCGGCGAGGUCUUUGAACUGAGAAAACUUCUUCCCGCAUCUUUAGAUUAUGACUUCAAUGUUCAUAUCAUGGAUUUUCAACCAGGGGAAUUCCUGAAUGUAAAAGAGGUACACUAUAAUCAGCAUGGUUUGUUGCUUUUGGAGGGGCAGGGUAUAUACCGAUUAGGUGAUAGCUGGUAUCCUGUCGAAGCCGGUGAUGCCAUCUGGAUGGCGCCGUUUGUUCCCCAGUGGUAUGCAGCUCUUGGAAAGACUCGCACACGCUACUUGUUGUAUAAAGACGUAAAUAGGAAUCCCUUGUUUUAGAGGGCUGAAUUUGUGAGAGAUUCAUACAGUCAAUAGCGGUGGUUACACACAAGCGUUGGAUCCAAUGAUUCAAAGAACAUGCAGCUAAUUGAAUCUUUUUUCUGCUUGUUUGGAUCGUUCGUUUAUGGACAUUUUAUAUUUCAAUGAUUCAAUCUCAUCAUUGAUACAACUGUUUUAGUGAAGGACUAGGGUACUGACAAUUGCUUUCCAUCGACCAAUUAAAUAUAGGGAAAAUGGAAACUAAUAAUCCAACCUUUUAGCGGUCUUCUUUUAAUAGUCCCACAUUUUCGUUAUUCAUGAAUAAUCCCUGACCGGUUGAUGACCUGCUAUUCCAAGUUAUUUUCUUAUAUUUGCAAAAUAUUAUCUUUGUGAAAGGUGGAAUUUAUGGUAUAAUAGUUUGCAGAGAUGAGAAAAUAACUCGGAAUAGCAGGUCAUCAACCGGUUGGGGACCAAUGAAUGAAGAUGAGGUGCAAAGAUUCGAUUAUUCAUGAAUAACGAAAAGGUCGGACUAUUAAAAGAAGACCGCUAAAAGGUUGAAUUAUUAGUUUCCAUUUUCCCUUAAAUAUAUCUCCUUGAGUUAAUCAGUGAGAAGUUGUUCAGGAUGACUUGUGGAACUUUUGUUGGUGACAAAACUGGAUGGAGCCGAC